GGUUCCUGUUCUAUUCUCAUGGAGUGUGCCGAAGAUAUCUUCGAUUCAUCGCUAAAUCUUGAAGAAACCCAUUACCAAGAAGGUCACAAAGAAGGUUUCAACCAUGGCAUAACCACCGGCAAGGAAGAGGGAAAGGAAGUGGGUCUUAAAACGGGUUUCGAAACAGGCGAAGAGCUCGGUUUCUACAAGGGCUGUGUCGAUGUGUGGAACUCCGCCAUCCAAGUCGAUCCGACCCAGCUCUCUGCUCGAAUUCAGAAGAAUAUCAAGCAGAUGCAGGAACUAAUCCAAAAGUACCCUGUUAUGGAUCCAGAAAACGUAAGCGUCCAAGAAAUAAUGGAAGCUUUGAGGCUCAAGUUUAGGGUUAUCUGCACUGGGUUUGGUGUGAAACUGGAAUAUAAUGGAUACCCAAAACCUAAUGACAUCGAAUUUUGAUUUCAGCUAAUUUCGGUUUAGGUAUUUUUGUUGCAUACGCUGGGUAUCAGAUGCUAAUGCUCUUUGUUUGUUAUCUUUGUUUAUCUUGUUUUUAUCGAAUUUGGAA